ACACGCUCGACGUUUCCGUUAGCACGAGGUUGUCACCCCUUGUCAACUUGGACUCGUCCAAUACCCCGAAUGUUUACGUUGCGUUUUGGACCCUGCCAUGCCUGCGUAAGAUAGAGAUGCUGGACUAGUAAGGUAAUGAAUGUCGCACGUGCCCCCGUUAUGGGGAGGGACGAAGGAAGACUAUGCACGUACAACCCCCGGCCACCACUGAACGUCCUGUACUUCAAACAGGGAAACGGAGAGGAUCUAGAAUUUUAUGGGAAGGAACAGGUGAUUAGCGGUCCAUGCACCCCUUCAGACACAGAUAGCUCGGAUAAUUCCCUAGUGGGUUCCGGAUAUAACGAGGGUCUUCACCUCCAAUGUCUGGAGAGUGUUUUGGACUGGAGAAUUGACAAAGUUUGUGUAACCCCUGAUGACCUCGGAAAUUUCCAGUUCCGGCCCUGUUCAAUCCAUACCACUGAACACGCCGGGUUUAUAGAGCACCUAGACGAAAUCUAUCAACACCGUCUUAGUAUUGAGUAUAAAUACCAAGUGGCGUCCUGUCUGGACAACCAACCAGAGGUGACUCCAGGCAUGCGCGGACUUUUGAUCAACUGGUUGACGGGACUUCAUCAUCAAUUGAAUCUCUGUCAGGACACUUUGUUUGUGACAGUCAACAUCGUAGAUAGAGUUCUAGAUCUCAUGCAAGCCUCGCGAGAUUACCUGCAGCUACUCGGAAUAACUUCACUAUUGAUAGCAUGUAAAUCUGAAGAAAUACACCCCCCAGAAAUCAAAGAACUUUUGAGCAGAUGUGACGACAUGUACUCGCGUGACCAGGUGAAACAACUAGAGCGGGUCAUUCUGAACGCGCUCCGAUUUGACUUGAUGGUUCCCACUUCGCAGUUCUUUUUGGAGUACUUCUCAUCUUGCGUUAUUAGUAACUUUUCUGGGUUCCACGGGGAUCGCCUCAGACAGGCACGAGCGAUGGCGAGGUGUUUGUUGGAGCUCUCUCUCCAGGACUAUGAUCUCAGUCAGCUGCGACCCUCCAUGUUGGCGCUGUGUGUGUGGAAGUCAGCCGUGGAACACGUCAAUACAGACGAUGGCAACUUCCUUCCGGAAGGCCUCUUUUUCACUCGCGAGGAUUUUCAUCAUGUAUAUCAGGAGGUCAGGCUGUUCACCGAAAAUCUUCGAAAAAGUUUUCCGGAAAUCGUCAAUAUCUGUGAUCACUACUCUAAUUUGUAUGGACACGAGUAAUUCUUCUAGUACUGAAGGGGAUUUGAAAUACGUUGAGGCUGAAGUGUUAAUGACGAUAUGACAUGAAUAUUCGUGACUAGUUGUAAUCAAUCAUGACUGAAAACAGACGCUUUGUGAAUUUCUCUUAUAUCACAUGACCCAUUGGUAGCAAAUAAUGUACAAUUUGUCUUUGACAUGUUUUUUUUUUCUUUGACGCAUUAUUGUCUUUGACGCGUUUUUCUCUUUGACGCGUUAUUGUCUUUGACGCGUUUUUUUUUCUUUGACGCGUUUUCCGUCUUUGACGCGCUUUAGUCUUUGAUGUGUUUUGUCUUUGAUGCGUUUUAAGAUUUGACGCGUUUUUGGCUUAGGUGCGUGUUGUCUUUGACUUUGACGCGUUUUCGGCUGUGGCAUAUUUUUUGGCUUUGAUGUGUUUUAGGAUUUUAUAAAAACCGGAUAAUUAUUGAUUCGUGCUUCUGGUUAUAAGGCAGUUAUAAAAAUCUUGUAAAUUAGUCAAACAAUGAUACCUGAAAGUUAAAGAAUUUUGUCAUAGAUUAUAAUUCAUGAAGGAAAAUUAUGUACACAUGUGUGUUUCAUUACAAACGUCUGUUAUAAUAUAUAAAGGAACAUUAAGAGUAUUUCAUUACAAAUUUCUGUUAUAAUUGAUAUAGGAACAUUAAGAGUAUUUCAUUACAAACUUCUGUUAUAAUAUAUAAAGGAACAUUAAGAGUAUUUCAUUACAAAUUUCUGUUUUUACAUUUUUGUAUAUGUUCUGUUAAACAUACAAGUGCUGAAGUUUGUC